CCUCCAAAGACCGCGCUAACGAAAUCCCACUGUGUCUCUGGUAACCAACAACAAGGAGCAGAAACAAAAGCAACCAGAAAAUGGGAAAGGAAGCAGAGAAAGUGAGGAAACCUAGGUUUCUAUGCCUCCAUGGAUUUCGAACAAGCGGAGAAAUUCUCAAGAAACAGAUCCACAAGUGGCCUGAAUCAGUUGUUCAAAAGCUCGAUCUUGUUUUCCCAGACGGACCUUACCCGGCCCAAGGCAAAUCCGACGUUGAAGGGAUCUUCGAUCCUCCUUAUUACGAGUGGUUCCAGUUCAACAAGGAAUUUACCGAGUACACAAAUUUUGACCAGUGUCUUGCUUACAUCGAGGAUUUUAUGAUUAAGCAAGGACCGUUCGAUGGUCUCCUGGGUUUUUCUCAGGGGGCAAUAUUAUCGGCGGGGCUGCCGGGGCUGCAAGCCAACGGUGUGGCUCUAACGAAGGUACCCAAAAUAAAGUUUCUGAUAAUAAUCGGAGGGGCUAAGUUUAAAUCACCAUCUGUGGCUGAGAAGGCGUAUGCUUCUCCAAUUCAGUGCCCAUCCCUCCACUUUUUAGGAGAGACGGACUUCUUGAAGCCAUAUGGAUUGGAGCUCUUGGAAUCAUGUGUAGACCCUGUUGUGAUUAAUCAUCCAAAGGGCCAUACCAUACCAAGACUUGAUGAAAAAGGUCAGGAAACCACGCUGAGCUUCAUUGAGAGGAUUGAAAAUACGUUGGCCAAGACAGAAAAUACUGAUAGUCUUUUAGAUUAGCCUUUUACUGAUAGGCGUCAGAAAAAUUCACUUUGUUUAAGUUAUAUUUACUAAAGUACCUUGUAAUCAUUUAUAAUGCCUAUAUUAAUGUUUAACUAUUAUUUUUAAUA